AAUUUCAUGACCAAUAUCUAUUUCCGCAUUACAUUCCUGGAUCGAUAAAAUUCUAACCCGAAAAUUCUAAAUUAAAAUGUCUAUCCCAAUUAGUGGGACUUUCAGAAGAUCGGGAGGUGUAGUUUCAGCUAUUAGUAAACAAUUGAAAAGUGUAAAUUUGAAAGCGGCGAAACGAAUAACAGUUAAAUUUGAUCCCUUUGGAGAUAACGUUACCCAUACAAGGAACUUUCUGCAUUACAUCAGUUCGCCCAAAAUAAGUCGAACAAAUCCAAAUUGUUCUUUGAAGACUGAAAUAGUAUGCGAUCGCAGUGACCCAACAAUAGAUGUUGCCAUUGUACCAGCAAUCUCAGAAACAGCCAAAGUGAGCAAAGUCACAUUCAAAAGUGGUAAUCUAACCUGUUUGGAAAUACUGCAACUAUUGAAUAAACACAUCUCAUCACUAGCACCUGUGGAACAACCCGUUUCAACUAUUCAAACUAAAUCAGAAAAAAGGAAAAAGAAAUAAUAAGAAAAAUGACUCGAUCAAAGGGCAACUUGCAUGUUGUAGAAGAAAUAUACAAUCAAAUACCUGCAUUUACUGAUGUGUUUUCUGAAGA